UAUUAUUGAAUUUUAUAGGAGUGGGGCUAGGAUAUGGGGCAUGAUCAGGCUAAGCUAAAAUAUAUUUUUGCAGCUAUGGGACAGGAUUGUAUUAACAUAAAGACACUUACUGAUAAAGAACAUGCGAUAAAAUUAAAAUACAUAUAAUAAUAAUUAAUUUGUUAUUGCACCAAUUACCAUGAAUGGCAUCGGAUUAUUUAUCAGACCAUAAGUUAAAACAACACGUACCUUCUUACAUUUAUUACCUGCAGUUAAUAAUUAACUAUUUAAUAAUUAUUGUUGAAUAGAACCAUAAAUAAACUAUUUGCGUAAUAAAAAGACGAAUAAGAUACCAUACUGGGGUAAUAAGUUACCUGAAGGCUAGUAACAUUGGUGUCUGAUGCGCGCGCAGUCUGCCGUGCGCCAGGUGAGCGUGCGCACGUAACGAACGCUUCAAAGUUCAAAAUUCGCUCGUCGAGUCCCGCGCUCGAUGACUUUUACUUUCUUUUUUUUUAUUACGUCACAAUCGUGUUACGUUUUGUAAUUGCCGGUCGUUUUGACGGAACUAGUGCUUUCGUAGUGUUGGUGAAGUUCUCUUUUUAAGUUUGUGUAAGUUUAAUAAUGGGAUUGUAACUGGCUGGUGAAAGAUAAUUUCAAGAUGUCGUCGGAGGGGUCCGGGGGGGUCGUGAACAAGGCGUUCGAGGGCGCUGACGACGGGUUCCACACCAUCGACCUGAGGAACAACAGGCAGGAUGACCAGCAUAGGACACAGGCCUCGACAGAAGCAGUCCCGUCGUCCCCGAAGCGGGCCGCGCUGGAUGAGGAGCAGUCCCUCAAGUGCGGCUGGGGGAUGUUCCGGCCCACCUGGCUGCAGCGGUUCAGGACCGCUAAGUGGGCGCUAUUCUGGCUCUGCUGGGCUGGGGCUAUACAGGGUAUGGUGGUGAAUGGCUUCGUGAACGUGGUGAUCACCACUAUUGAGAAGAGGUUCGGCCUGAGGUCCAUGCAGACUGGAGUCAUAGCUGGAGGUUACGACAUGGCAUCGUUCGCGUGCCUCGCCCCGGUCACGUACCUGGGCGGGCGCGCCGGCUCCUCCAAGCCGCGCUGGCUGGGGCUCGGCGUGCUGCUCAUGGGCACCGGCUCGCUGCUGUUCGCUCUGCCGCACUUCCUCGUGCCCAACUACAGGAUCGCCGGGAAUGAGGCCGCUGAUGUCUGCACGCCUAAUAGGACGUCUACAUCGAGCUGCGACGGCAAUGUCCCAGCGGAGGGCGGCGCGUGGGCGGUGGCGGUGUUCGUGGUCGCGCAGCUGCUGCACGGCGCGGGCGCCACGCCGCUCUUCACCCUCGGCGUCACCUACAUAGACGAGAACGUGUCGAAGAAGAUGUCUUCUGUUUACUUAGGUGUGUACUACACAAUGGCGGUUGUGGGCCCAGCGAUGGGCUACGUCAUCGGCGGGCAAAUGCUCACCAUCUACACAGAUUUUCUCAGCGUGGAUUCAGAUGCGUUAGGUAUAACACCUGUGAGCUCAGUGUGGAUUGGUGCGUGGUGGGUGGGUUUCAUCCUGUCUGCAUUGCUGUGCCUGAUCGUGGCCAUACCUUUGAUGGCCUUCCCAUAUGAAUUGCCAGGAGCUGCUGAAAUUCGAGCAUCAAAAGUAUCAGAAGCCCACGAAGGUGCUGCAUCCAAGUCAGCAGCGUUCAGCGCCCUACACGAGCUGCCACAGGCCGCGGCGGCACUGCUGCGGAACCCCACCUUCCUGUUCCUGAACCUGGCCGGCGCCAGCGAGGGCAUGCUCAUCUCAGGGUUCGCCGCAUUCUUGCCGAAGUUGAUAGAAAAUCAGUUUGCUGUCAACGCCUCUGAUGCGGCAUUGCUUUUGGGUGUGAUCACGGUCCCGGCGGGUGGCGGCGGCACGUUCCUGGGCGGCUGGCUGGUGAAGCGCUGGCGGCUGGCGUGUGCCGGCAUCAUCAAGCUGUGCGUGGCCGCCACUGUCGUCGCCGCCGCCUUCACCUUCUGCUUCGUGCUCACCUGCGACGACUACCCUUUCGCCGGCGUCACUGUCAUGUAUGACAGCCCUUCAGUGCCAGGAGCCGACCACUUGACGGCGCUGUGUAACGUGGAGUGCGCGUGUGCGAGCGCGCCGUACUCGCCGGUGUGCGGGGCGGACGGCACGGUGUACUACUCGGCCUGCCACGCCGGCUGCACCACGCGGACACUCGCCGGCUCCGCGCAGCUGUUCCACCAGUGCUCCUGCAUACUCACCAAGGAGAAUACUACGCUGCCCGUUUACGAUAUUGAAGGAGUAACAAACUCAUCAAUACCGUAUGAAGCGAUCAACAGUAUCUGCACAACGGACUGCCCCUACCUGUGGGUGUUCGUCUCCCUGUCUUUUGGCGUCAUGCUGUUCACGUUCCUGGCUACGAUGCCUGCGCUGUCAGCCACAUUAAGAUGCGUCCGUGAAGACCAGCGUUCGUUCGCUCUUGGUAUCCAGUGGAUCAAGGUGCGUCUGCUGGGCACGAUCCCGGCGCCGCUGCUGUUCGGCUUCCUCAUCGACCUGUCCUGCUCGCUGUGGUCCACCUCGUGUGACAAGACGGGCGCCUGCCUCCAAUACGACAAUAUUAAUAUGAGCAGAUAUAUGCUGGGCAUCGCUCUGGUAGGGAAGCUCUGUUCUAUUCUAUUCUUCUUCCUGGCGUGGUGGUUCUACCGUCCUCCGGGCAGCAAGAACGGGAACGCCGUGGUUCCUUCUGUAGACCUCGUCGUGUGCGGCGAGAAGACCAACGGAAACGUCACAAACGUAGCCAACGGGACUGUAGAACGCAGUAACGGGUACUGCAAUGCUGCUUUAGAAUGCAGUGACCAUUUGUAAGAUAGUGUUGUAUUUUCUGUUGUUUUCGAGGAUAAACUAAGUUAGGCCAUUCGAGGGUUAAGUGUAUACAUUGGUGUUAUGGAACUCGAAUAAGUAUCGCCAAAGAGGCUUCCCUGUCGAUAACUUGCAGGUUAAGUGAGUUUGGGUGAAGCGAUAAGUUUAUGGCAUUUAAAGAUUUGUCCAAAUCACGUUUUACGAUCGUGAGGAACUAUGGUAGAUGUGUGAAUUCAUUGUGCGCGCUUAACUUGUGGGGUUUAGAUAAGUGAAUCUGUUUUUGUCUCGAAAUGAAUGUUUGUGUAUGUUCACAUUGCUUUUGGUGACAGUGGAGGAACAUGGGUUCUAUCCUCAAAAUAAGUAGGUAUUUCUAUUGAGAUUUGGAUCGAUCUUUAAUCGACUAAGUAUUAUUAUUACACCUACCCAAAACGAGGCUCGUCUGUCGUAACGCACACUCAAACUUGAUAAUAAAUCGUUAAUUGUGUGUACCUACUAAUAUCAUAAAUAGAAUCAUUUUAAGGUUAUUGUUUACAUUCCAAAAUAAAUAGUUCUGUUGUAAAGUAUCUGUGAUGUAAUAGCUUUUAGAUAAAUGUAAGUACUACUGCCUGAUGUCGCCGUGGUGUGAGCUCAUCAUGCAAUAAGUCUUGGAGGGAUGUGUUGAUAUACACCUGUCUAUAUUAUAUACAUCUACUUAAGUGUAAACUGGGGUUAUUUGAAUUUUGUAAAUAUCUUUGUAAUUCGAACCAGUCUAUAGAUUUAGCAUAACGGCCUGUCUUGCCAAGUGUUUUAGCCACUUAAAACGUCUAAGUCAGAAUAAAAAUAAGACUACACAACCCUAAAGGUGCCUAAUUGAAUCCUUAUAUGAGGGCACAUAUGUGAAAGAAGCUGAAGAACCCCAAUACUAACAUUCCAUUUGUUUAGGUGCUUUAAAAAAAUAAACAAUCUUGUUUGAUUUGAUUUUAACCUUUUUUGCAUCGGUUUAAGUCGCGUUUUAUUUUCAUACCUACUGAGUUUUUAGACAAAAAGACACGUCUACUAGAUAGUUAAUGUUUUUUUACCUAAACUAUUAGAGUAGUAAUAUCUGGGUGCGUAAGUAACUUACAAAGUAUAUUUGUAGAAAUCAAAUAAUCCCGUGUAGUUCGUAAUGUUGUUAUAUAGAGUACAAUAUUGAAGGCACAACUUUUCGAUCAAUUUUGUUUAACAUAGAUCACCCCUCACCGUGGUUAAGGUGUAGUACCUAUUUGUACAUAGUUUCUAACUUAUUUGUUGAUAAUGCAAAUCAAUAGUUGUUAAAAUUGUAUUUUGGUUGAAGACUGAUUGUUUACUAGUAAUUUAGUAAUAAUUAAAUAUAUAUUUAAUGUAUAGUGUAAUUCUGUUUAUUAGUAGAAUUAUUAUAUUGUGAAUGGGAAUCUGAAACACAAUAAGAUGACAGCUGGAAAAGUAACAGAGUUGAAGAUAAAAAUCACAGGAUCCCAUGUCUUUUUUGGAAUCAAAUUAAUGGGUGUUUCUUAAUCUGAACAUCUUAGUGCCUGUGUAACUACUGGCAGCUAACAUCAAUUAUCAGCAUGUAUUUAUUUAUAUUUCUUCAUAAUUUAAAUUCCUAUCAUAAUAUGUACUAUGAAAUGCAAUAGUAAUUAGAUUUUUAUAACACAAUUUGUAAAAAGUUUACAUCGUUUUUCUAAUGUAAUUUGUAAAUUGUAA